AUGAUGUUUUCGUGCGAAACCAUGUAGGCAAAUCAUUCAAGGCAAGCAGCUAGCAGCAGACAAUCUUGGUUCCAUGAUUUUUGAUCGCUUCAUGCGUUUUGCUUUCUUCUCGGUUUGAUUACCUACAUAUGUUCAAGUAGACAGUUCAUACCUACUGAUAGGGGUGGGUGAGUAGCAAAAUCCGUCGUCUGGUUGAAGGAUGCGUUCGUGGUCAGUUUAAUGGUGAUACUACAGCAGGAUGAUUGAAUAUACGGAGCGAUAUUUCCGUGGACUGGAUUUGUGGUCAUUGGGGGUGGAUGAAGCCUUUGUCAAUGCCACCAAGGGUGGUCUGCGAAGGUAUUUUCUAUACUCUCUAUCGGAGGAAUGUGAUAAGUGCCCCUAUUCAAAAGUUGGUGAAAUCAAACCGAAGAGCGUCGCUGAUAACAAUGCAUUCAAAGUGGAUGUGUCGAGGAAGCUAGGUUUUAAAGUUUUUGAUCACAAUGUAGGAGAAUAUGCGUUUGAUAAUGAAUCUUUUGUGUGCCAAUUUGAUGCAAAUUUCGGCGAGUUCGGCGUGUAUGACCUGAAAGUAGAUGAUGCUGUUACACGCUUUUGCACAUUGGAAACGGCCAAAUCGCCGGUUAACAUAUAUUUGUCCUUCCUCACUGUGGCCCUCAUCGCCAUGGUGCUAACCAUAGUUCUCAAAUGUGGAUUUAAAAUCUAUCGUCGAACAAUCCCCACCGAGGCACCCCUCACGCCGGCCAGUCCCACCGCUAGUGGUGAUGGUCAUUCUGAUGAGCCACGGAAAACAAGACUGCGGAGCUUAGACACCUUUCGCGGAAUUGCCAUUAUGCUAAUGAUAUUCGUCAACAGUGGCGGUGGACACUACUGGUGGAUGGAGCAUGCCACCUGGAACGGGCUGCACGUGGCGGAUCUGGUAUUUCCGUGGUUUUUGUUUAUUAUGGGUGUUUGCAUUCCGAUCUCUCUGCGUUCACAAUUGUCACGGAAUAUUCCUCGCAAAAUGAUUCUUGCUAAUGUGGCAGUGAGAUCGUUCAAGCUAUUCUGCAUUGGUCUGUUUCUGAAUUCGAUAAAUGGUCCCCAGCUAGCCAAUUUGCGAUUGUUCGGAGUGUUGCAGCGAUUCGGGGUGGCCUAUUUCGUUGUAUCUACGAUUCACCUCUAUUGUUACAACGAAAGUAUGCAAUACUUAGGAAGAUUCUCUAGGUUCAAUAUGGAUAUAUUACGGCUGUGGAAGCACUGGAUCAUCAUUGGUGGAAUUAUUUUCGUAUAUUUGCUGGUAGUGUUCCUCGUCCCUGCACCAGGUUGUCCAAGUGGAUAUUUCGGACCUGGAGGGAAACAUCUAAUGGCAAUUUAUCCCAACUGCACCGGCGGAAUAACUGGCUACCUGGACCGAAUCAUUCUGGGCAACAACCAUCUUUACCAACAUCCAACCGCCCGAUACGUAUACGACGCCCAGGCGUUCGACCCUGAAGGACCCUUUGGCAGCCUGCCUACGCUACUGCAAGUGUUUCUUGGGCUGCAAUGUGGCGUACUGAUCCUAACCCAUACAGAGGUAACCGGCAGAAUCCGGAGGAUGGCAGCCUGGGGAGUCGUGUUGGGUUUACUCGGAGGUAUCUUGUGCGGAUUCAGCAAAAACGACGGAUGGAUACCGGUGAACAAAAAUCUCUGGUCGCUGUCCUACGUGUUGGUUACGGCAUCGUUGGCCUUCUUCCUGCUGCUCGUUUGUUUCGUUCUGAUCGAUGUGAAACGGUACUGGAGCGGAAAUCCGUUUCUCUAUGCGGGAAUGAACGCCAUCAUUCUGUACGUGGGACACACCAUAUUCCAUAAAAUGCUGCCUUGGCAUUGGCGAAUCGGACUGAUGAAUACUCAUUUUAUGUUAAUGUGUGAAGCCUUGUGGAAUACAAUUAUAUGGAAUGGAAUUGCUUAUUAUUUAUUUAAGAAGAAGAUAUUCUACAGCUUGUAAAUUUAUUCCAAUUAUAUACAUUUGUUACUAUA